UUGUUUUUGGCUGAAGAUUUAUGAAUUAAUCUUAAAAAUCUCCUGUAGAUAAUUAUUUGUUUCAGCUAGGAUUGUUAAGAUAAUCUCACAGGGUUUCUGAAAAGCUCAGUAUUAGUCAUGAGGAUUUUAAAUGAAUCGUUACGUAGUCUUGAGAGGUUUUAGAUGAGUGCUGAUAAGUAUGAGAAUUUUUAGUCUUAAGUUAGUUUUAAGGGAUUCUGUUUUUCCUGAAGAUUUUCUUUGAUCCUGCAGAGCAAAAAUAUCUAACCAAGUGAGGAUAUCUUGAAUAAAAGAACAUCUAACAUUAUCUAACAUUAUUAUAAAACGAAUGGAAGACCAUUACGUCUAUUUCUAAACACAUUUACUCAUUUCGAGCUUAAAAAUGUUUUAUUCUGUUGGCAGACAAUUUUGCUUCUUUCUAAAAAUAAACGCUUUAAAUAGGAAAAUUAUCCUCCAAUAGAAUAAGACCAGUUUAAACUUGAAAUGAGUUUAAAUAUUUAGAAAUGGGCUUAAUAAUUUUAGACUUGUUACAAAACAAUCUAAUAAAGAGAAAUAUUGGUUGAAUAUUCACAAUAUUUUUACACGUAUCAUUUUAUAAGGAUCUUCUGUUGGUCCUGCAAGGUUUUGUCUCGGUUCUGAUGAGUUCUGAUGAGUUCUGGGUUCACGCUGUGGGUCAGUGAUGCGGAGUUUGUAGUUAGUUCUGAUAAAUGUCAUGUUUGUUCUUGGGAUUUUAAGCGGCUCUGAAGGAUUUCGUCUCAGUCCUGCAGAGUUCUAGAUGUUUAGGUUAGUCUUUACUCAGUUUAAGUUAGUCUUUACUCAGUUUAAGUUAGUCUUUACUCAGUUUAAGUUAGUCUUGAGAGGGUUUAAUGAGUUAUGGUUUAGUUUUCAGUUUGAGGACCUGAAGAGUUCUAGUUUUUAUCCUGGUUAGUAUAAUGUUCCAUUCUGAAGCAGGUCUGAGAGAGGGUAAGUCUUAGUCUUUAGUUUCAGUCCUGAACAUUUCUGUCUUAGUCCUGAGCAGUUUUAGGUUCUGGGUUUUGAAGAAUUAAACAUUAUUUUUAGGAGUUUUAUGUUGUGAUGUGUGUUAGACCAGCCCUGAGCUACAGGUUAGUCCUGAAGAGUUUCUCUCAGUUUUGAGGAUUUAGGGUUUAGAUUCAUCCUGAGAGAUUUUCUGUCUGUCUUACAAGGUUUUUGUUUCAGUCCUGAUCAGUUCUCAUGUAUAAUGAUGCAUGAUUGUGAAUGUAGAAGUAAUAUUUUGGUGUGUUUGUGUCCCUCAGUCCUGCUCCUGCACUGCUCUUUAGCACUGGUGUCCUUUUCCUCACCGGUCAAACCACGCGGCGCACAAAACAGCGACUUCAAGUCCAACGUGCAGGACGCACAGAGUCUGGUCAAUAAGAUGCUGAAGAAUAUUCCUGCGGUGCACAAAUCCUGUGUAAAAAAGCAGUUUACGAGCGACCCCUUCAGUCUGGAGUACAUCAGGGAGACCUUGGCGAUUCCUUCUCCACCCAAACUCGCUCCUAUCUCAGAAACACACACUCUGGAGAUGAAUUUGGGCCGAAUAUCUGAGGGUCUGCAGCUCCAUCAGCAUCUUCUGCAGGAAGUGAAGGAGAAAGUGGAUUGCUCAGGAGAACUAACACCGUUACUGGCUGAGAUCAGUGAGCUGAACACACACAUCAAUAAGGUGCAGGCGCUGGCCGGUAUUCCUGCUUCUAAACCUCAGCUCGGCUCCGUGUCUGUCCUGUCUGCUCUCAGUAAAGACGAUUAUAACCUGAACGUCGGCGUUCACCUGCUGCUGGAGCAGCUGCGUGCGUUCGCUCAGGACACUGCACGCGCCUUACGAGAAAUUCAGCACUCCCACUCUCACUUUUAGCUGAAGACAAGAUAACAUACUUUCAUACUUUCUCCUUUUUAUAUGAAAUGCUAUUUAUUUAUUUAUUUUUUGGGAAAAAAAAAUAUUUAUAUAUUUAUUUUUGUACUGCAAACAUGAAUUGAUGCAUUGGCUGUUUAGAUUGUAUAAAUGCAAACAUCGUUAUUCACAGACAUUUGAGAGACAAAUACACUAUAUGGCCAAAAGUAUGUGCACCCUUGGAAAGCUUCCCAGAAGAGUGGAGCUCAUUAUAACAGCAAACACACGGGAAUAAAUCUGUGUUAAUGCCCAGAAGUUUUGCACAUAUGGGUGUCAGGUGUCCACAUACUUUUGGCCAUGUGGUGUAUUUGUUUGUUUGUUUGUUGGAUAACGUUGGUCACACGCUCAGGUUAAUGUUUGGAAUUUUAUAUUAAUAAAAUUGUUUACCACCACUGAGAAGGAAUUAAACCCUAAUCGUAACAAAAAUGUUAUGGUUCUCCAAAGAGUGGGCGUGGUGGAGUUAUUAAUCAUUUGAUUAACCAUCAUUAGUCAAUUACGCACAUUUGAAUUAAUUAAUUAAGGUUUAAAUAGAAGGGAAAAAAUUCAGCUUAAGUGUAAAAAAAUAAGUUUAAGA